GUUGUCUAUGAUCAUAUCACAUGACCCUUUUAUUUUGUCCCCGUGAUCAAUUUGAGAAAAUUCAAAAAUAAUUACGCGCAAUGGCUAAAGUUGAAAUUAAACCCGAUAUACACGAAAGUUCUCUUGAUAACAGCGCUGACAGCGAAUAUAUUUCUAUGGUGGAUGAUCAUGAAGGCCCUUGCGGAGCAGAAGAACGGUCCCAAUUAGUUUCGCAGUCCUUCUUGGAUACAAAUGAAAAUAGUUCAUACAACUUCAGAGAUAUUUCUGGCAACGUUACCUACAAAUUUGUCCAAAUGGCGGGUGAAGAACCAGCCAACAGCAUAACUUCUCACUCUCCAUCACAUAACACGGAAUAUUACGUCAUAAGCAAUUCUAUUGAGGUUUUUGGAGCUCCAGCACAAAAGAAAGCCAACCAUAGAGAACCAUUGCAGGCAAAAGCUGUGACUGCAAAGAAGCGAGAUGAUAAAAGGCGAGCCACACACAACGAAGUGGAGAGACGCCGUCGAGACAAAAUCAAUAGUUGGAUCACUAAGUUGGCGGCUCUCGUGCCAAACUCUGGCCUACCAGAUUCAGCCAGUAAAGGAGGCAUAUUAGCGAAAGCCUGUGACUACAUAACAGAGCUGACUGAGAGACAAAAAAUGUUGGAGAAACUCGAGAUGAAGAACGAGAAACUCGUGCUAGAAAUAAUAAGACUCAACCAAGAAUUAACAGAGGCGCGUAAAGAGAACGCCUCUAUGCGCAACCAACUGGCCGAUAACUGCAUAGUUGUAUCACAAAGGCCCAAAGGCCAGAAGUCUUAGUUCGCGCUGAAGCGUCGCCCUCGUGGUACAUGAACUAUUUAGUGCUUGUAAAGAAACAAAGGUGCUGAUAAUUAAGACCAUUUGUGACGUCAGGAUUGGAAGGUAGCCAGGGUUGUCAAAUGUAUUAUUACUUGGUUAUGUCUUAUGUAAUUUAUACUAUUGCUACAUAUCGUCAUAGUCGUAGAAUACCGACGGACCUUUAUAUGUAAUAUUUAUCAGGUCCGUCAGUAUUCUACGACUAUGACGAUAUGAUCGGCGUUAGGAGCGGGCUGAGUUCCAUAACAACCCAUUAACUUCAAUAAUAUUCCAUGUGAGUAUGGGUCUUUUGUUGUGUGAAGAUAGAAUGGCAUAUUGUCUACUACUACGCAGCUUGAUAUAGGCCUUUAUUUCAUGAUUUCAAGGAGAUUCUCGAUUUGAUUAUAUUUUUUUAUGUUUGUUACCUCAUAACUUCAUCAUUUAUAAACCAAUUUGGGAAAUUCUUUUUUUAUUUGAAUGGAUAUACUUACAGAUUUGCGCCAUAGACAUUUUAUUCAAAUCAGUUCAAAAGUUUAUAAAUAAACAACUGGUUUUUUUUUUCACGAUUGAAGUCAGAUAUUCUUUUUUAACAAUAUUUUAUUCAUUGUAAAAGAUUGCAUAUUUUUACUCCAGAAAUAUCUACAACUACGUACAGUUCCUGAAACUAAAUAUUAGACUAAGGACCUACAAAGAAAUAAUUGGCCAGAUUUUGUUUUAAAGAUUUGUCGUCUCUGUCACUUAUAACUGUGAUAUUUCUUGAUAAACGCACGUCAAAUACCCAUCAUCUAAACUUGUACAUAUUGGAGCGGUUUUGUAAUUUGUCGUAAGACGGAAGAAUUUAUAGUUACGUUAUUUUCAUUACACAUUUACAUACAUAUCGUCUUGACGUCAUUGUCGACGUGUACAUACAUUUUUCUUUCCUAUUAUACUGCAACGAUAUAAUUGUCUAGUUUGCUAUAAUAAAUUAAAACGCCCAUUCUAUAAUCACAAAAGCAAAUUGUGACCUGUUUUAAUGCGGUCAACUGUUUAUUGAUUUUAUUAAAUUACUCCCUUAUUUAUAAAAAUUAAAAUCUACAAACUCAUUUUAACUAUUACUUUUGUCAUUUUCAAAUUGAGAACUUAGCACAAUAGAAACCAACGAGACAAAUCAGUUUAAUAGCUAAAAUGGAUUUAUGACAGAUUUGGCAUUUUCAUGAAUAAGGGAAUUGGACUCUAUACAAGCGUUUUUAAAUCAUCACAUUUAUUUUAUCAUCAUCAUCAUAUCAGCCUUUAACUGUCCACUGCUGAACAUAAGCCUCCCCCUUGGGGGGUUUGCCAAUAGUUGCCAUUUAUUUUAUUAUACUGAUAAUCAAUUUAGAAUGUUCUCUGUCAAGAAUUAUGUGAAGAUUUCCCAUCUUCGUUUAUUCAAAUAUAUUCAUAGAUACUGUUCGGACUGUGUCUGUCAUCAGGCAGUUGUCGGUCACAUGUUGAAAAACCCCGCUCAGUAAACGUCAUCUUAUUUUUGCCCUAUAAUUUGGCCUAACUGGUUCGUAACUAUGAAUGGUCUACUAUUUUUGAAUGUUCAUAACUAAAAAAAAUUGUCUAAGAGUAAUAUAUUUAAAAAACAUUCGGUAGUUUUUAUAUGUUAAAUGUUUCGUAAGCAAGUAAGUUUAAUGUAAUAACUACUGGUUUAACUUACGUGUGAUUACAUUAUCAAUAAAUGUAAGUCUCGUGCUCGCGUAACAGUCACUCGCGACUAAGGGUCACGAAUUUAUUCCGAAACUAGUUCGAGCUUUUUCGAUCUAAUUGCACGUAAGUUAAACCGGUAGUUAUUAUACGAUUUGAGAAAUAAAUUUUUGUUAUGUUGUAAUAACUAAAAUACGUUUUAUGUUUUAAAAUCUUAUAUCCAAUAUGUUAAGGAUUUGGAGAGUAGAACAAAACAGGCACUAAAUCAGCCUUAACUUUGUUACUGUAGUUUUGUAAAUAAAUGUGUUACUGUGUUGUUUAAGUGUUCCAAAUGUAUUAGGCUAUGUAUUCCGCUCUAUUAGACAAGUGUCAAACGCAUCUCGUUUGAUACGCUUUCGCUACUAUGCGUGUGAAAGAAAAUGAGAUGCCAGUCGUUGCUGUUUCGUGUCUACUUAUAGAUGCAUUUGAAACUUAUCUAAAAGGGCAGCCCAGUUGAGAAGAAAAAGCAUAAUAUAUAAAUUUUGUAAAAUUGUGACAUACUCUCGGACACAGGAAAAAAGAUUUUUUUUUAUUAAAAAAUUCUUUGUGAAAAUUUUUAAUAAAUUUUAGUAAUGAAAUUUAUUUUAGUUAUGCUUUACCUUCUUAAGGCAGAGAUUUUUGUCGUAUUUAAUUUAAACAUUGGCACUUGAUGUUCCAAAGUGUUAUAGAAAUGAUUCUAGAGAUAGUGUUUUUUCUACAAAAUGAAUAAUUUACUCAAAAAGUAUAUACAUUGUAAUGCUUUUCAUUAAGGUGAUUAAUAAAUUUAAGCUGGAUUUUAAAUUGUUAUAUCCCUCUGUUACAUACUUUAAACAGGAUAAAAUGAAUUAUGUUAUUAGUUUAACUAACUUAAGCCUUAACAUGUAGGAAAAUGUCACUUGUUCAAAAUAUUUUCACAAUUUUUUUACAGUUAAAUAACUAGUAAAACAUUGUAAUACUUUCAGUUAAUUUCAGUAAGUUUUUUUUUUUUAUCAAAUUUUGUUGUUUUUUUUUUAGUAUAAAAGGGAAAUAUGUUCGACUGAUUUUGUCCGUCUGCCGUGACGUUUGACCCCGCCUAAUCUAGCGAUACUCCUAUUGAAUGUACUCCAAAAAAAAAAUGUCAAGAUCUCUUUUGGAAUUUUAAAUAGUCCGAAUAACAAAGUUGUACGCAAAAAUCCAGCUUUUCCAUUAUUAUUUUUUUCAUGUUCGAUUUCUUGUAUAAACAAAUAUAUAAAAAAAAACUAGUUUAUACUGUGUUUUAGUUAACAAAAUGAUAAUUGGUACAAAUGCAAAUGUUCUGGCCACCCUUUAAGGGGCCAAACAUGAAGUAGAUAGAAUAAAAAUGUAGUAUUUUAUACAAAUUUUGUAUUAAUGACACUUUUUUUUAUUCUUUUUUGUUUUCUUAAAAAUGUUAAUAUGUAAUUUUAAGAAACGGUUGCAAAGGUCCAAAAGUACAGACCUUUGUCAAAUUUCUUACAUUUUGUAGCUAGCAAAAUAAUUACAAAUAUAAUAGUAAUACUACUAGGUAUUGUGCCUGUAAAUAAGUGGUAUAUCAGUUUACAAUGUAAAGUCCAUUAUUAUGAACUAUUUAAACAGAAUUACUUUCUAAAAGUUAGAAAUUUUGAUUGGUUUCCUGCUUCGAUUACUACCACUUACCAAAUAUCCCUGCACUAGCAGUGGUUUCUUAUAUUUUGAAUAAUCUUCCUUUAUUUCAACACAAACAAAAUAGCGCCUUAUCAUUUGUCAUUAAGGUUUAAGUUGCAUUGUAAUCAUUUGUGUUUUAAAUCUUUAUUUGCAAUAGCAUAUAGUAUAGGUCAUCUUCUGUUCUGAUUUUUUUUUUCUUGUUGUUUCACAAUCAUUUAUCAGUGUGUAUCUUAUGAACUCCUUUUAAAUUUGUAAGUAUUGUAGAUAUUAUAAAUAAGAGUUAUUCCUUUUACUCAUUAUACGAUCGGUUUAUUGCAUUUAAACUUAAUUUCUAGAUUUACGUACAAGUCUUCAGGAUGGUGAAAUUUUAACUUUCUCGUCUUUGGAAGCGAUAGUUUUGGUUUCUUUUUUUUUUUUUUUGUUUGAGUAAUAUAUCUGGAUGCAAACUUUUCAAGGAUACCUCCACCAUUGUACUAAGAGAAUACUAUGAUGCUGGAGAGACAAUAAUUGCAAAGUCAGUUAUAACGUACGAAUUCUAUGCAAUUUUACAUAUAUAAUAUAUUCAUAUGCAUGUGUUAUUGUACAGGAAUAUUGCCAUAAUAAGAAUCAUUGUCACUGGCUUCAAAUCUACGUACAUGCAAAACCUUUUAAAAGAGAAAAUAAAACAUCGUUUUUUACAAUAGGUCAAAUAUAAAGAAAAUUUGUAUAUACCCAUAUAAGUAUUAUGCCUUCUUCUUUUCAUUUAAAAGCUCAUUAGUUACACCCACAAAAGGAAACCCUCUUGUGGAUGCAACUAAUUUAUGCUCUUCCAGCCAGCACUAUCUUAUGCCAUCUUCCUAUACGACAUGACACCUAGUGUUUCCUUUAUUUGUCCCAUGUAGUUAUUCCUCGGUCUAUAUUAUGAACAAAUGUAUAAUUUUAAGCGAAAUUAUAGAAAUUAAUAAUCCAAAAUCAUUUUUGCAUGUAUGUCACUAUGAUUUAAAGCCCGUGAUGGUUCGUUCGUACUUUUCGCAUCGUUGUUGUCAGUUCAGUACCAUUUUGUAUAAGUUAUUUAAUACAAUAAUUACAACCAUGUCUCCAGUAUUGAAUAAUUUCAGAUACAUAAUAAAACUGAAUACCUUUUUUUUUU